CUUUGCGCACGCGCUUUGAAUCUGUAGCACGUUUAGGGAAGGAUCAUAGAGCUAGGAAAGAAAGGACAGGAAUAGUUCCUUUGGGUGUGAACUGCGUUCGCCCUCGCCGCCCCCCAGGCACUUCCUCGGUUGCUCCUUGUCGGUCGAAGCGGCCCGUGCAUUUGUUUCCCUCAAAGCCGCGGCGAUGAGCGAAGAGGCGGAGGCGGCGGCCGGUGAGGGGCUGGCCGAGGGAGAGCAGGAGGACGUCGACGAUGAAGAAGCGAUAGCGGGUCUGGAAGCCCCGGGCUGCUCCGGGGAAAACUCCCGCUUCGAAGCGGGAAGCCGCUCAGAGUCCAGCAACGAAGAGAUGGAGGAGGACGAGGAGGAAGAGGAAGAAGAGGUGGAGGAAGCAGCAGCAGCAGCUCUAGGAGGGGGGUCCACGGACCCCUUCGGGGGCUUUGGGAUGGAGGAAGGCGAAGAUGAGGAUGAGCGCAUGAUUAACCUCUCUGAGCUGACACCAUAUAUCAUGUGUUCUAUCUGCAAAGGGUACUUCAUAGAUGCCACAACCAUCACAGAGUGCCUUCAUACAUUCUGUAAAAGCUGCAUAGUAAGACAUUUUUACUACAGUAACAGAUGCCCAAAAUGCAACAUUGUAGUACAUCAGACGCAACCCCUUUAUAAUAUCAGGCUGGAUCGACAGUUGCAAGACAUAGUGUAUAAAUUAGUUGUCAGCUUGGAAGAAAGAGAGAAAAAGCAAAUGCAUGAUUUCUACCGAGAGAGAGGUUUGGAAAUACCUAAGCCUGCUGUUCCACAGCCAAUUGCUAUAGCCAGGGGGAGGCCCCGUAAAGUUGUAGGCUCGGUUUUCCGUAUCCCUCCAGAGCUUGACAUGUCACUACUCCUCGAGUUCAUUGGAGCUAAUGACCUGUCUGGGAAAUUUAAGCCACUGGAAAAGAAGUUUGUACGGGUUUCAGGAGAGGCAACAAUUGGACAUGUGGAGAAAUUUCUCAGAAGAAAGAUGGACCUUGAUCCUGGCUGCCAGGUAGACAUAAUAUGUGGUGAUCACCUGCUGGAACACUAUCAGACUUUGAGGGAAAUCCAGCGAGCUCUAGGGGAGAGUGCAGUGCAGGAUGGCUUACUUGUACUUCACUAUGGGCUGAUUCUUAGCAGAGAUCCCACACUUUCAAGGAUUUGUUAAAAUCCAACAUGGAGGGGCUUUGAAGAAACAAAUGAUCCUCAUUCUGGGAAGUGCAUGAUGAACAUUAAUGCACAGUUUUCACUCUGCAUAGUAAGUUAGAAUCUGAAAAAGGAAUGCUGUACAGCUAUAAAUACUGCAGUGCUGUUAUGUCAUUAACACCUAGCUAGUUCAGGGAAGAGCAAAUGUGUCAAGAUGACUGGAUUUGUCUUAAAUGCGGUUUGUGUAUUGGCAGCACUCCCAGCUGACUCCCAGGACUUAAGCUUGAAACCAGUAUUUAUCUGAAAGACAGUUUCACUGGCGUUCUCAGGGAUUAUCUCCAGUGUGCAGUGUUUUAUUGGAAAAGAUGUGUUCUUCUCAGAGACGUUUAUUGUACACUAAUGAAUGGUCUUGGUUUAGAAAUAGGAAAGGGAAACCUUUCAGUUGUGUGCCUAAAAUAGGGGGGAUAAUCACCUUUCAAAAAACCGCAAGCAUUGUAUCUCAUGGUUUAUGUGAGUAAUAGCAUUAAAAUAUGCAAUAUCCUAUAAAUUAGUUAAAAUUGGAGAGAAAUUGUGUGCAUGUUAACUAGACACCAGAAUACCUAUGCUACUCACACAGUGUGGAUGUGACAGUAGAUUGCACAGGGCUGCCUUUGAGGUCCCUUUGGAAAGCAUCAUGCAACUGAUUAUAUUCCUAUUGAAGACAAUGACCAGACUUUGUUCUAUUAAAGUCUAUCAGAAGGACGGCAGUAACCUUUCUCUAUCCCCUGCUACUUUCCUUUAAGCCCACUUCUUCUUCUGGUUUGCAGUCACUACCAUGUUUGCCUUUGUCCCUUGCAGCCUCUGCCAUAGCUCCCCUUCUUGCAGAUGUUCCACUAUAUUCUACUCCCUCCCCCAGCUUUUGUUUUGCCGCCUUUGUAGAAAAUGACUAUGUCUGUCCCCCUUCCAUGCAUAUGAGCUUGAGACAACGCCCUGUGUUUCCCAGCCAGUAGUAGUAAUGCCCUGUGAAGAAUUUAAAAAGCUCUGGUUAAAGAACAACACGAUGAAGGAGUUCAUUUUUAACAUUCCCUGUAACCUAGCCACAGCAAUGGUCUUAUUACAAAGAUUUCAUUAAACCUUGCUAUACAAUGCUUAGUCUUCAACUUUUGCAGACCCAGAAUCCACAAUUAACCCAAACAUGCACCUGGGGAUCCAUUUCAUAGUUUUCAACCAAAAAUUUGUCUAGUAUUGCUGCUGUUGUGACCUCCCUUAGACCAGGCUGUGAUAUAAUAGUGCAAGUGUGAGAAACCUGUGGCCCUUUAGAUGACUUAGACUCCCAACUCCCAUCAGCCCCAGCCCGUGUGGCCAGUGGAGAUGGAUGGUGGGAAUUGUAAUCCAGCAACAUCUGGAGGGCCACAAGUUCCCCACCCCUGUGAUAGUGGUUCCCAAACCACCAGUUGAAGAUCAAUGGCUUAAUCCAUUAUCACAUAGGCAGCAAACAAAGUUUAUGCAAUUGGAAGGGUAGAUGGAAGACACAUUACUGAUGCAACUCCCAUGCCUCUAUGGAAGGUGUCAGGUUUCUUUUGCUAAUUCUUAAUUCAUUACCUGUGCACUUAAAGAUUCUGUCCUAUUGUGGAACUAUUGUGGAACUGCUACUCCAUAGUCUUAAAGAGGCUUAGAUGUGCAUUUAUGGUGACCUGAAAAGCUAGUUUUUAGACCAAAUGUGUGUUGAAGGGUUUUGCUUUUGAAAAUGCCUUUAUGAACUCAAUUUUGUUACAAUAAAUUUUUGAUGUAGGGAUAUUCAUAAAUAUCUACCUGUUUUAUAUUCAAAAUAUCCAGUUUGCGUUCAGUAUUUCUAUAAACAACAGAAUGGAACAAAAAAUUAUUUUUGUAAAUAUUUUUGUCUAAUGUGUUAAGGGAUGAAGUAUUUAAAGUGUUAAAAAGUAGAAGCCUUCCAAAACUAUAUAAAAAAAAGAGGAAGUAUAAUAAACAUGCUGGAAAAGCAAAACUAGCAGGUAAGUAAAAAAGAAUUUGAGGCUCAUAUUGCUUAAAGAAGGAAUUCAACAAAGCACUAUGGCAAUAGUUCUGUCAGCACAAACAUUUCAGUUUGCCAGACGGAACAAUCCCCCCUAUCUUCCCCCUGCAUGCUAUUCUGGGGUUUCUCCCAACACUCCCCCUGAGCCAGCUGGAGGGGCAGUGGAAGAGGCAGAAAAGCCCUGUUUUGCUAGCUAGCCACUUGUGGGGGCCUCCAUUAGUGUGACGUGUUAGUUGAAUCCCACUCAAAACAAUGAACAGAACACUGAAAUACAUUAGAGACAGGAAAAUAGCCAGAGUGAUAUUUGGAUCAUUACAUAGCAAAGAUACAGUAAGACAUGAUUACUAAAGAAAGGUAGAGAAAUUACCGUAAUUCUAUUAUUUGCUUUGAACUUCAGUGUGGAAGAUGGUGGGCAGGUGCUAUGUCUGAUUCCCCCACUGACCCCAAGAAGGGUAUCUGAAAAACAAAGCUAAAUAGAAGUGACGAAAACUGAAGUUGUAGAACUAUCUACAAAUCACUGGGUCCAAUUGAAUAUUUUCUAACAAAAAUAUUAAAUUUGUUUAAAAUUCAGCUGACAGGAAGGUAACGAAUGAAACAUUGAUUUGUAAAAGGGUUUAAGAGGAAAGGCCAUUGCCUUAAAUAUAUUAGAGCUAUUAUUAUGCAACAUAGAACAUGCCUUGCUGAGAGAGAAUCAACAUGGCUUCUCCAAAAGGGCUUUAAAUUGAACCUAGAAACAGCUGCUCUGGGCUUUAACAUGAACCUGGAAACAAAUGGGUAACCAGUGCAUUUGUUUUCAUCCUUCUGCCUCGCCUUCAUUCUGGAUGCUUCAAGUAAUUGGGUCCCAUAAAAUGUCAUAAUUUCUAAUGUGGCUAUUGUGGUAAAGUGAUUGGGGGGGGGAAGGUGAGUGGGGGCACUGAUAGAGCUCCUUGCCAGAGAUACAAGGGACCCUAGGUACACCUUUGUAAGUACCAGUGCUGCUAAAGCUUUACACCAGUAUUUAUUUAUUUCUGGAAAAUAAAUAGUGAAACAAUUCCCCCACCCAAAUCAACAAUGCAAUGAAUUUUUCUAGUGCUUUGCAACUGUUUCUAUCUAUUUGAUACUGCUACCUCCAAUGUGAGUAUACCAUACAGUGGUAUAAUCAUUAUGGCAGAUGUAAGAGCCUUUGUAGCAUGUUAAUAGCCCCUGCUAAGUUUUGGGUUUGUUUAUCACUGAUAUAGUAGUUCUUCCUGUUUUAUGAUCUGUGUUUUUAAUUGUGGUUUUAAUUAACUGUUAUAUCCUGACCUGGGGUUGCUUUGUAAUGAAGGGCAGGUUAAAAAUAUUUUAAAAUAAAUAAAUUGGUAACACCUGGA